GUUAGCGAUCGUUGUGCCCCCUGGUAAUCCUUUUAAAAAAUAAAAAUUUUUUUCUUUGUGCCUCACAAUCUAUACAUUUACUAUAGUUCGAGACGAUCUUUUCUUUGCCGCAUGGCGUAGCUGAAGACUGUGUCUACAAAUUCAUAAUUAAAGAUGCAGAUUUUCGUUAAAACUCUAACGGGGAAAACCAUCACCCUUGAGGUUGAACCCUCUGACACUAUUGAAAAUGUUAAAGCCAAAAUCCAAGAUAAAGAAGGAAUUCCUCCGGAUCAGCAAAGAUUGAUCUUCGCUGGUAAACAAUUGGAAGACGGUAGAACCCUUUCCGAUUAUAAUAUCCAAAAAGAAUCUACGUUACAUCUUGUCCUUAGACUACGUGGUGGAGCCAAGAAACGUAAGAAGAAGAAUUACUCUACCCCUAAAAAAAUCAAACACAAAAAGAAGAAGGUCAAGUUAGCUGUUCUUAAAUUUUAUAAGGUUGACGAAAAUGGAAAAAUCCAUCGUCUAAGACGAGAGUGUCCCACAGACCAAUGCGGUGCUGGAGUAUUCAUGGCAGCAAUGGAGGAUCGUCACUAUUGCGGCAAAUGUGGCUACACUCUGGUAUUUAAUAAGCCUGAGGACAAGUAAAUAAAUGUACGAUAUUCUUUUUCAUUUAUUGUACGUAAUUAAGUACAGUGUUUAAAGAUAAAAAUAAAAAAAUCCAUACAAAAUUAAUUAAAAAUA